UGCUCAGGCAUUGGCUGCGGGCGGCGGAAGUGACGUGAAGGGGCGGAAGCGGCGGUGGCGGCGCCAUGGAGCUGAGCGAAAUGCUGUACAACAAGUCCGAGUACAUCGAGACGGCGUCGGGGAACAAGGUGAGCCGGCAGUCCGUGCUGUGCGGAAGCCAGAACAUCGUGCUGAAUGGGAAGACCAUAGUCAUGAACGACUGCAUUAUUCGUGGUGAUCUGGCCAAUGUCCGGGUUGGACGACACUGCGUGGUGAAAAGCCGAAGCGUCAUUAGACCACCCUUCAAGAAGUUCAGCAAGGGCGUUGCUUUCUUCCCUCUCCACAUUGGGGAUCACGUCUUCAUAGAAGAAGACUGCGUUGUCAAUGCUGCCCAAAUUGGUUCCUAUGUUCACAUAGGCAAGAACUGUGUCAUUGGGCGGCGAUGUGUUCUGAAAGACUGCUGCAAAAUCCUAGACAACACUGUGCUACCCCCUGAGACGGUGGUGCCACCUUUCACGGUCUUCUCAGGCUGCCCAGGGCUCUUCUCUGGAGAACUCCCAGAAUGCACCCAGGAGCUCAUGAUUGAUGUUACAAAGAGCUAUUACCAGAAGUUCUUGCCACUUACUCAGGUGGCCUCGGCCAGGGUCUGAGCCCGAGUCAGCUGCGAAGACCUCUCACCCAACACUUAAAAUCCCUUAGUUUGGCCAUUUUAACCUGCAUCCUUCGAAGUGUGGCUGUCCCGGGCUCGUCUCCACAUCUCUGCCUGCUGGCUGGGAUGACAGCAUGUCGCUGGGUCGCUGCCUGCCUCACCAGCCCUUGGGAAGUGGUAGUUUCCUGACAUCCACAUUUAGUCUCUCAUGGUUCAAAGAGGUUUUGCUGCCUAGAUCCGGAGCACAAGGUGGAGCUGGCUGGCUUUGAGCACGAGGAGGACUGUGCUGUGCUGGGCACGGGGUAGGGGGACUCUAGUUCCUUGAAGCCGAUGAGUUUUUAAACCACAGUAAGCCCUCCUGCCCCUGUCGCUCCAUGGGCUAGAACAGCCCAGCCCUGUUGCAGAUGGGAGAGGGCUGCUGGCUGCAUCCUGCCAUGCUGGCGGGGAACCAUUAACAUGAUAAGCAGCACUUGGGACCACAACCAAGCAUGGGCUUUAGGAAGCUGCCUCUCCCAGCUGCUGUGACCAGGGUCCCCCACAGGCCCCAACGGUUGAUUUCCUUUCAUUUUACUAAUUCCGGCUCUGUGCUGCGUGUAACUGCUGGCUGUUUGCAGGGCCACGUGGAGCACGGGAAGGGAUCGGGAUCCCAGGAAUAUUGCUGGGAGUUAUCUCUGCUUUGUCAGGAGCAGAGCUCUCCAGUACAGGCCAGUGUAGCAGUUCACCACUGGUGCAAUGGCAGUGCCCUGCAGGCCCUGCUGCCUGCCCCCCACCCCACCUCUUGUGUGAGCCCUGAACUUUCAAGCCCCUUCUAGAAAGAUCAGCAGCUCUAGCACAAGCUAUCAGCUAGCUGCGGUGUGGCUAAACUGAGCUGUGUGUCUUGGGGUAGGCUCAGCUAGCUGCAUGCCCAGGUGCAGAACAUGCUGGCUUGAACUGCUCUGUCCCCUUCGUGCUGCUGGGAAUGAACAAGACGGGCUUAAUGUGGAGAGCAAAGCCUGCAAGGCCUGUUUGUAAACUAACCUGGCAGGCAGAGCUGGUGCUGGGACCCGCCACCUCUAUUUAAAGUUCAUGCGGGGAGUUCCCGGGAGCAGAAUUCCCAGGAAGCCAGGGGCUAGGCAGGGGCGCGGGGGUGUCACCACCUGUCCCAGCCCUGCCCAACAGGCCUGCUUCCUCGCUGUGACUGGGGAGAGAAGAGCCCCGUUCCCUUAGUAUGGAUGCUGGAGCACAAGUGUCCCCUUCAGCCUGCUGCAGCAAGCAGGCCUCUGGGCCUGGUACCCACAGCUACGGGGCACUAAGAAGGGCAUGGUAUCAGCCUCCAGCCAGGCCAUGCAAAGACCAGCUGAUAGGUGUUGGAAGCCACCCAGCUCAGGGCACACAUGCCCGUGAUGAAAGCAGAGGCUUGCUGAGUCUGCCUCCAGGAUGUUCAGGCAGCGUCUAUCCUCUACCCCCAACACUGGGUCAAGCAGGGCGAGACUGCAUGGUGACACUGGACAGCAGAAUAAAAUGGGCCAGUCUGA